UCUAAUGAGAAAUCCAUAUCUUAGCAAAGAAAUGAAGUCCAUCAUUCCUUUUUUCAUUGUUUUCUCUCUUCUCUUGGUUGUCAACCUCAGUUAUGCAAGAAAAGACAUGGGAGACUAUUGGAAGAAUAUGAUGAAUGGCCAACCUAUGCCUGAAGCAAUCAAAGACCUCCUAGUUCAAGAUCCACAAGUGUCAGAUGCAAGGAAGGAUCAUUUUGUUCGGGACUUUGAUAUAAGGCCUAAUAUCAUAUUAUAUCACAAACAUGUUGUUUCCAAGAGGCAAAAGCAGAAGCAGAAGGCAAUAGUCAAGAAAUUAGAACCAGAUUUUCAAGGAACAGAAAGACAUGGUUGAAGAAAAUAUCCAAAUGGGUUGAAGCUCAAUCCUUUGCUAAUUAUUAGAGAUGGCAGACACAUAUAUAUCUCUAGAUAGAAUAUGAUCCAUAAAGAUCAUGUGUUUAGUAUAUUGU